AUGGAAAAGAAACAACAAGUGCAACCACCACCUUACACCCCACAACAACAAGAAGCAUCCAACAACGUUCCCAACACCAGUAGUAGCAGUGGUCAAUAUCCUGGUGUCGUAGGUGCCACGCCAGAAUGCCAACGUGGUGUUCAAGGUUAUGAUGCUUAUGGGCAACCUAUUCGUCCAGCAUUUAUGGAAGAACGUUAUCGUAUCGAGCAAUCACUCGGCCCAGCAUGUCCUGAAGGUGGAUACCAUGAACUUCGAAUGCAUUAUACCAACACCACUCUACUUUUUGCCAUCUUAAUCAUCCCCUACUUGUGCGGUUGGCGUGGUCGUCGAUAUUGUGUAUGUAAGCGAUGUGGUCAAAAGUUCCCUAAUAUCGUGCUGCCAGAGCCUUGA